AAAAAAGGAGUUGCCUCGGGCAACAGCUCGGACUGUGUGCAUCAGCCUGUGGUGAACAAAUGUGAGACCAUUCAUAUUGCCAUUGUGUGUGCGGGGUACAAUGCGAGCAGAGAUGUUGUCACUUUGGUCAAGUCAGUUCUGUUUCACAGCUUUAUCAACAGAGCAAUGGCCCGUGACUGGCAUAUGCACACAUCACCAGCCAAAUACGGGUUGGCGAACUGUCAGCAGGUUCUUGGUUUGGUGGAGAAUCAGAGUGAUUGGUACCUGGGGAACCUGUGGAAGAACCAUCGGCCAUGGCCAGCGCUAGGCAGAGGCUUUAACACCGGUGUGAUUCUGCUGUUGUUGGAUCGAUUGAGGAAGCUAAAGUGGGAGCAGAUGUGGCGGCUGACGGCAGAGAGAGAGCUCAUGAGCAUGCUGUCUACAUCACUCGCUGAUCAGGACAUCUUCAAUGCUGUGAUCAAGCAGAACCCAUUCCUGGUGCACCAGCUGCCCUGCUUUUGGAAUGUUCAGCUAUCGGAUCACACCCGCUCCGAAAAGUGCUACAAAGAUGUGUCCGACCUCAAGGUGAUUCACUGGAACUCUCCGAAGAAACUGCGUGUUAAGAACAAACAUGUGGAGUUCUUCAGGAAUCUCUAUCUGACAUUCCUGGAGUAUGAUGGGAAUCUGCUGAGGCGAGAGCUCUUUGGCUGUCCCAGCGAAACGGACCACAACUCAGAGAAUCUCCAAAAGACCCUGUCUGAGCUGGAUGAAGAUGACCCAUGUUAUGAGUUUCGUCGGGAGCGCUUCACAGUCCACCGCACACAUGUCUAUUUCCUGCACUAUGAGUACGAACCAGCCUUGGAUAACACUGACGUGACACUGGUGGCCCAGCUGUCUAUGGACAG